AUGGACUGGAGGAUGUGGUUUGAGGCUGGAACUCCCGCAAUUGGAGAAGCCAUAGUAGGUCUUGGAGCACCAGUGGAUUACUUAUCAGGAAUUGCUCCUUCCCCAACUGUUCGAAUAGCUGCUCUUUGUGCAUUCAACGUUGAUUUUUCUGCAUUCAACGUUGAUGGCAACGCAACAGAUAUUGCCAUUUACCUUGAUAGCCAACACGGUGUGGCGGUCCAAUCAGGUAAUCAUUGUGCUCAACCUCUACAUCGCCAUCUAGAUGUAAAUUCAAGUGCACGUGCUAGUCUAUAUUUCUACAACACCAAAGAAGAUGUUGAUACCUUCAUAGAGGCGUUGAAAGAUGCUAUUAACUUUUUCAAGCAAGGGGGAAAGCAAUGGAGCUAA